AUGGCUGGAUAUCGCAUUGUUCUUGGUGGCGACGAUGCCGGCUUCGACUACAAAUCCACUCUCAUCAAGGACCUCAGUGCAGAUCCGAGGGUGAGCGAGGUCAUUGACGUUGGCCCAGAGUCGUCGUCAGACAAAACCGCUUAUCCUCACUUUGCUAUUGCCGCUGCUGAGCUCGUUGCUCAAGGCAAGGCUGACCGCGCUUUGUUAAUCUGCGGGACCGGUCUGGGUGUUGCAAUCUCAGCGAAUAAAGUCAAGGGCAUCAGGGCUGUCACGGCGCACGACAGUUUCAGUGUUGAACGAUCUAUCCUGAGCAACAACGCUCAGGUUCUAUGUCUCGGUGCUAGAGUGAUCGGUGUGGAGCUUGCCAGGAGACUGGUAAGAGAGUGGUUGACUUACAAGUUUGAUCCAGCAUCUUCUUCAGCAGCAAAGGUCCAGUGUAUCAUAGAUUAUGACAACGGUACUAGCAUAGCUGCAGCGGCAUAG